AUGAAAGAAACACGUGGUGAAUGUGUACGUAUAAUCUAUAAUCUUGCCGCAAAAAUGAAGCAAUUGUCAGAAGAGAGAACAAAGCUCGUAUUUGAGAAGCUAAUGAAAUAUAUCGGUUCCAUUAAAAACUUGAUAGAUCGAUCAGACGGCGUGUAUUGUUUCCGAGAAAAUAAUGAUAGAGUAUAUUAUAUGUCAGAAAAGAUUUUAUCUUUGGCAAAUACUGUGGGAUCCGAUCACUUGUUGAGUGCAGGUACUUGUUUCGGUAAAUUCACAAAAUCUAGAAAGUUUAGACUACAUGUCACAGCAUUGCAUUAUUUAGCGCCUUAUGCACAACAUAAAAUUUGGGUGAAAUCUUCGGCAGAACAACAAUUUCUAUAUGGACACAACAUUAUGAAAUCAGGUCUCGCUCGUAUAACUGAAGGUACUUCUCAACAUCAACGUGUUGUUGUAUUUUCCAUGAGCGAUGUGCCUCUGGGAUUUGGCGUUGCUGCAAAAAGUACAGCUGAUUGUAAACAUGCGGAUCCUAUGGCAACAAUUUGCUUUCAUCAAGCAGAUAUUGGAGAAUACCUUCGUUCUGAAGAUGCAUUGAUAUAAUAAAUUAUCUCAAUUAAUUAAAUUGUCUCAACUUUAGAAAAUAUAUAUUUAUUUAAUUUGUA